UACCACUGCAAGAGAAACAGCGCUCAUGGACGUCUGUAACGCCAAGAAACGAUCUGCAAGCUCACUGAAAUAAAGUGGUUAACUAUCCAGAUAACGCGCACAGAAACGCUGUAAACUAACGCUAUUAAACCAUAGCUACCAAAUUAGAUAUUUAUAACGAUCGAGGUAGGGCGGUCCUUCUUUAGCGUGCUUGUUAGCGACUUAACGUUAAUUGGCAUGUUCACAUGUUGGGUGGCUGAACGAGCUAAGUUAGUUGUUUACCUUCCAAAUUAUUUAACGUCAGUUAGGAAAAACCAAUAAACUUUUUAGAGAUCGCCAAGAAAAGCAAAGGAUGGAGCAGUCAGAGGACGUGCCGCACAAUCCCACGGAACAGGCGGCGAUUUGUUUCAAAGCCUUCAUGCUGAAGAACAGCCCGAAGUCAAACCUCAACCUCUACGACCACCUGGUCCGCGUACUUUGCAAGGUGAUGGACGAGCGUCCGGAAAACGCGGUCGAUAUCAUUGAGGACAUGAGCCUGGAGGUGAAGCGGGCAGGGAUGCGGGACAAACAGAGCACACUGCGGGACACGCCCCCCGUACCCGCCGUCCAGGUUCUGGCGGAGCAGCAGAAGACGCUCUUCACCCGGGGGGGCGGAGACGAGGUCGAGCCGGAGGAAGAGCUGGUGGAGACGCCCCUUCCAAACCUGGCCGAGCAGAGCUUCUUCCUGGAGCAGGCCGGGGUGGGGCUGGCCAGGGAGGAGAUGCAGAGGGUCCACCUGGCCCUCAAGCAGCUGGUGGACUCACAGCCCCUCCAGAGCUGCCGCUUCUGGGGGAAGAUCCUCGGGACGCGGGCCAACUACCUGGUGGCGGAGGUGGAUUUCCGAGAGGGGGAGGAAGAGGAGGAGGACAGCCCGCAGGAGGAAGGGGCGGACGAGGAAGAGAAGGAGGGAGGCUCCAAGGACGACGACGAGGAGGAGGCGGAAGAGGCGAUCGACCCUCUCCCCGAAUCCACCUACAAGCCGCCCCCUGCGGUGCCCAAGGAGGAGAACCGCACCGGAGUGAACAAGUUCACCUACUUCGUGUGCCGCGAGCCGGGCCUGCCGUGGGUGCGGCUGCCCCCCGUCACCCCGGCCCAAAUCACCGCCGCCCGCCAGAUCCGCCGCUUCUUCACCGGGGACCUGGACGCCCCCGUCGUCAGCUACCCGCCCUUCCCCGGCAACGAGACCACCUACCUGCGGGCCCAGGUGGCCCGCAUCUCGGCCGGCACCCAGGUCAGCCCCCUGGGCUUCUACCAGUUCGGGGAGGAGGAGGGCGAGGAGGAGGAGGAGACGGCGCGGGACAGCUUCGAGGAGAACCCCGAGUUCGAGGGCGUUCCCGUCCCGGAGAUGGUGGAGUCCCUGGCCAACUGGGUGCAUCACGUCCAGCACAUUCUGCAACAGGGCCGCUGUGUGUGGGUGAACCUGGCCGAAAAGGCAGACGAGGACUUGGAGGAAGAGGGAGACGAGGAGGAGAAAGAGGAGGAGCCGGACGAGCCGGAGCCGGAGGUGGGGCCCCCCCUGCUCACCCCGCUCUCUGAGGAUGCAGAGAUCGAUAACACCCCUCCCUGGAGCGCCAAGAUGUCGUCCGCCCUCAUUCCCCAGUUCGCCAUCGCUGUGCUGCGCUCGAACCUGUGGCCCGGGGCCUACGCCUACGCCACGGGGAAGAAGUUUGAGAACAUAUACAUCGGCUGGGGUAUGAAGUUUUCGGGUGACGGGUACACCCCUCCCGUGCCCCCGGCGCCCCAGCGCGAGUACCCGAGCGGGGAGGAGAUCACGGAGGCGCUGGACCCCAGCCUGGAGGAGGAGCAGGCCCUGCAGGCCGCCCUGGAGGAGCGCCGGGCAGCCGAGGAGGAGGCCGAGGAGCUGGAGGGCGAGGAGGAAGAGGAGGAGGACGACUACUGA